GAUUUUGCAUUUCAGGGAGGGCUGCUUUAUUUACUUACAGCCCUCCUCCCUGUCAGCUCGGACACACUGCUCUGGAUAGCUGUGCACAGCACAACCAUUCAGAGCAGUGUGAUUACAGUAAAGCCCACACACACUGCCCCCCCAGUAAAACACUCCCAGCACACAGUUAACCCUUUGAUCACCCCUCAUGUUAGCCCCUUCCUGCCCAUGUGCCAUUAGUACAGUGUCAGUGCUUUUUUUUACCACUGAUCACUGUAUUGGUGUCACUGGGGAUGUCAGUGACACCAAGUCAGUUCCCCCCCAGUGUCAGAAAGCCCGCUGCAGUCCUGCCAUAA